AUGCCUCGAGCACUUACGAGACUGGCACAAUGGUUUGGGCUAGAGGUUGUCCAUGUCAUCGUCAUUCGCCGCUCACGUCACGGGGGUCUACGUCUUAUUCAGUCCACAUUUCCUUCGGACCACCCUACGCUUCAAGAGGAAGGAACGAGCUCAUCAAAAGAAGGCAUUCUGAUGCCCUCUUAG